AUGCAGUCCAACACCCAGUCCGCUAUCGUCCUGGCAGCCUUUGCGCUCGCUCCACUCGCCUCUGCCCACGGAUAUGUAUCUGGCAUCGUCACCGGCGGAGAGUGGUUUUCUGGCACUUCUCCUGAGUGGUCCUACGCGAACCCCAAGCCAGACACGGCAGGCUGGUAUGCCGAGAACUCAGACAAUGGCUUUGUAGCUCCAAGCGCAUUUGCCGACCCAGACAUCAUCUGCCACAGAGGUGCUACUGUUAGCACUGGAGUGGUCCCAGUCGCCGCCGGCGAUACUGUUGACCUGCAAUGGAACACUUGGCCAGAGAGCCACAAGGGUCCUGUGAUUACCUACAUGGCCGCUGUCGACGGCGAGUUCGCUUCUGUCGAUAAGGAGGCAUUGAACUUCUUCAAGAUUGAUGCUCAGGGACUCAACGACGGCUCCACGGCGCCCGGAAAAUGGGCAACCGACGACAUGAUGGCCAACAAUCUCACCUCGACCGUCACGGUUCCUGCGGACCUYGCUCCCGGAAACUACGUGAUGCGCCAUGAGAUUCUCGCUCUCCACAGUGCUGGUCAGGCGGACGGCGCGCAGUCUUACCCUCAGUGUAUCAACUUUGAGGUGACCGGCUCUGGCACGGCUAGCCCUUGCGAUGCCGGUGCUGAGUGCGCGGUGGGAACUGCGCUGUACACUGCUGAGGAUCCUGGCGUCCUGGUCAGCAUCUACCAGUCUUUGGACAGCUAUACUAUCCCCGGCCCAGCUCUUUACGGUGGUGGUGGAGCUAGCGCCUCUACUUCUGGCAGCGAUGUCACUGGCAGCAGUGUCACUACAGGCAGUGCUUCCRGCGGCGAUGUUGCUACCAGCGGUACUUCAAGCGGCGGUGCUGCUUCCGGCGGUGCUGCAAGCGGCGGUSCUGCUUCCGGUGGUGCUGCUUCCGGUGGUGCUGCAAGCGGCGGUGCUGCUUCCGGUGGUGCUCCAAGUGGCGGUGCUGCUUCAGGCGGCAGUAUGUUUGGCAACUACCGUUCUGCCAAAGAGUUCUGCGCUUGA